UCUGGAAAAAUGACUCUCCACAAUCUCAGACAGGGAUUCUAAGCAGCUCCUCUUACAAAAGGACCAAAAAGACUCUAGCAGGAGAAUGUUCAGCUUCAGGCAUAUCUACAUUUUCUCCUACAACCUGUUCCAGUUCUGUGGACACACAUGGAUACUGUCUAAUACAAUAGCCAGGUUUUUCACAUUUGGUCAAGAUGCCUUAGCAGACACGUUUUACUCUGUUGGCUUUGUGAUGAGUCUCUGCCAGCUGCUCUCUAUCCUGGAGCUUUUCCAUAUCGCAGAUGGGAUUGAGAAAGCCAGACUCCUUCCUCGCUUCGUUCAAGUUACAGAGAAGAACAUCCUGCUGAUCAUGGUCAUCAUGCUGGAGGAGAUCCAGAGUAGACCGGUGGUGUGCGUUCUGCUCUUCUUGUGGAACAUUCUGGACCUCCUAAAGUACCCACAUGAACUGCUGUGUGUGAUGGAUACACCAUCCAUCACCAUGCUGUGGACUCGCUACACACUCUGGAUCCCCUUAUACAUCCUGUCAGUCAUCACAGAGGGCAUCACCAUUUACCACGCCCUGCCUUAUCUUGAGACAGCCUCAUACUCAUCCCAGCUGAAUUCAACAGUGUGCACAAACAGCCACCUACCCUUUGUCCUCAUGGCCUACUUGCCUCUUCUCGCUCUUGGGGCCUCUGUGACAGUGUGGCAGCUGCUGAAGGAGAGACAAUACCAACUGGAGAAAUGGAACAAGAAGAUGAAAAGGAAAUGAUGGCUGUAGCCAAAGAACUGCAUGUUUGGACAGUGAAAGAUCAAAGUUUUCCAGGAACUUCCGACGCUCAAAUUUUAUGAGAAGACAACUUUCACAAUUAAAAUCUGUCACAUUUUAAAUUAAAUGAGUUUGAUGUCAUCAA